AUGUCUCGAGCAGCUCAGACGUUCAUCAUAUACUACUCCGCUCACUCAGUGACGGGAGUGUGUGCCGCGUUUACAAUGGCUACGACACGUGCUGUGGUGUGGCCAUCCUCUGUUAUAAUGACCGCUUCUUCGACGUUGGUAUGGCGAAACCAUUAUCUCUUGCCCAUCGUCGUGUUUCCGCUCGGUGCACUUGGUGUCACUAUUCCCGUCCUACUAUCCCUUCAUGCAAUCCAACCCACGGACGAUUUUCACUGCGACGCUAGCCAUCCCAUAUGGGGACGUUUUCUAGGCUACGCGGGCACAUCCAUGAUCCUUACGAUUCCAUGUUUCUUCCUGUCUGCAGCAGCAGCCCACCACGUAUUCAAAGUGCACACGGUGCAUCGAGAGCUAUUCAACCUCACCGCUCCAUAUCUACACUCCCUGUCUGCUGAAAGGGAGGUCACGAUCAUUGAACCCUCAAAAACUGCGAGUUUGCCGCGUAUACCCGACUCGGAUGUGGGCUCCAAAUCCGCGGAACUUGGGAACCAUUUAAUGGACGACCAUGAUCGAGAAAUUGGUGUGAUGCCAAGACAGGAUAUCAUGCCUCGUGUUGACGACAUGGAUAACACCGCGGUUGAGUCAAACGAGAUUUAUUCCCCGCGGGCUAAAAGUUUUCCCUCUUCCUUAUCCUCACCGACUUCGCCAAAGCGUUCUUCGGAAGGAUCGCAAUGGGAUGAAUCUCAGAUACGCGACGAGCGAGCGUGUAUUUCCGUGCCCAUUGAAGAAUGCACGACUACUCUUCCGAUAUCAAGCUAUCAUGAUCACGAACAGCCUACACAGAGUCUUGCACCUGCGAUAUGGAGGCUCAUUCUUUUCCAAAUGGCGUUCUUCAUCACCCAAUUUCUAGCUGCGCUUUCGACUAUUAUCGAUGUAGCGACCCAUCGACAAUACCCAUCGCCUUUUGGGACGCAGCACGUAGCGUUGGUACUGGUGGGAUGGGGACCGUCGAUCGUGUUUGGCCAUCUUCCAGCAGUCCGACGCAGAUUGCUAUUCUGGCGACGUCCAAACUCGAGUGCGAGUUGA